AUGUCAUUUCGCGGACGAGGCGGUGGUGGGGGUGAUCGAGGUUUUCGCGGCGGAGGAAGAGGUGGUUUCCGAGGUGGAGGCGGAAGAGGAGGAUUCCGAGGAGGUCGAGGUGGCGGAGGUGAUAGAGGAUACGAUCAAGGUCCGCCAGAGGAGGUAAUCGAAGUCGGUGAGUUUACUCACACUUGCGAAGACGACAUCGUUUGCAAGACUACAUGCGGGAAGAUCCCGUUUUUUAAUGCUCCACUGUACUUUCAAAGCAAGGAGAAAAUAGGAAAAAUUGAUGAGAUUUUCGGAAGCAUACUUGACAAUGGAUUUUCUGUAACGCUCGCAGACGGUGUGAAAGCCAAUUCUUUCAAGUUGGGACAAAAGCUCUAUAUCGAUCCUGCCAAGCUCAUGCCUAUUGAAAGGUUCCUCCCCGGAGCUCCUCGUGGUGGACGAGGACGAGGUGGACGUGGUAGGGGUGGUGAUCGUGGUCGUGGUGGGGAUCGCGGAGGAUUCCGCGGGCGUGGCGGCUUUGGUGGCGACCGUGGCGGUAGAGGAGGCUUUGGUGGCGGAAGAGGUGGACGUGGUGGAUUUAAUGGAGACCAUCGAGGUGGCCGAGGCGGCUACGGAGACCGCGGAGGUCGAGGCGGAUUUGGAGGAAAUCGCGGAGAUCGAGGCGGUUUCAAACGAUCGUACGAUGGAGGUAACACACCACAAAACAAGAAGAUUAAGUUUGAUGACUGA